AUGGGAGAGACGAACACAGCAGUAGAGAUGUCAACAUUACCACUAGGGAAGAUGGAGAUCGAAAAGGAAGUUGAUGGAGCUGCUGCGUACCUUGCUCAAAGCACAAGUUAUCCUCCCAUGACAUUGGAAACCAUAAGCAUUACGUCUACUGAUCAAGGCCAGCUUCUGCUCACCGCCACUCUCGGGGCAGUGGACAAGGUUGCUCUCAGUACUGCGGCAAUCUACGGACUGGAGAAAGAUCUUCACCUCGUUGGUCAACAAUACUCCUGGGCGGGAUCAAUUUUAUCUAUCGGUGCCAUCAUUGGGAUGUGCCCUUCUUCCUUCCUCGUACAGCGACUCCCAUCCGCAAAAUAUCUUUCUUCGUGCUCCCUCGGCUGGUCCUGCUUAGCUCUGCUGAUACCCGCAUCGAAAAACUGGAACGGGCUGAUGGCGCUGAGGUUUUUUAUGGGCUACCUUGAAGCAAUCAUCGUCCCAACGAUUAGUCUCAUCGUCGCCGGCUUCUAUAAAAAGGCGGAACAACCUCCACGAAAUGCAAUUGUGUUCGCUGCUUUCAGCUCCGUGAUCAAUGGGUUCCUGUCUUGGGCAGUCGGGCAUAUCCCCGACUCUGCACCUCUGGCUAUCUGGCAAUAUCUUUACCUGAUUGUCGGCUCUCUUUCCGCAGUGUGGUCCAUAAUAGCGUUCGUGCUUCUACCAGAAUCGCCGAUGAACGCCUUCUUUUUCACCGACCAGGAAAGGUUCUAUGCAACCCAACGUCUGACGGAAAACCAAACCGGCAUCAUAAACAAAGAAUGGAAACGGGAACAGGCUCUUGAAGCUGUGUUGGAUGCCAAAACUUGGAUUCUGUUUUCCUUCAACAUAGCUAUCAACAUUCCUAAUGGAGGUCUGACUACGUUUAGUGGCAUCCUUAUCAACAAUCUUGGCUUCACUGCGGUUAAGGCCUCCCUCCUGAACAUGCCGACCGGGGUAAUGUCCACUUUAUCUGCGUUUUCCUUCUCCUGGCUAGCCGCACGCUGGACAAAUCGAAGGUGCCUCGUUACGAUGAUGGCAUGCUGUUUGCCCAUUGCCGGAUCGGCCUUGGUGUACUCCCUCCCACGAACAAACGUUGCAGGGCAAAUAGUCGGAAUCUACCUCCUUUACACUUACUUUGGCCCGUACGUAGUCGGAAUCUCCAUGGCGCAAGCUAAUACUGCUGGACACACGAAAAAGACUGUGCAGUACUCCAUUUUAUAUAUAGGAUACGCCCUUGGAAAUCUCAUCGGACCCCAAACCUUCCGUGCUAGUCAAGCGCCCGCCUACACAGGCGGAUUUAUCGCCAUGUUAAUAUGCUACUGCAUAUGCGUCGGACUGAUGGGUAUUUACUGGGUGUUGGUCUUGAAAUACAACCGACGACAUGCCAACAUUGACCCAGACUCACAAACGCAGGCCACGACGACGGCCCGGGACACACUUCCACCUGUAACCGCCCCUCAUUUCGUAUGUGCCACGUACAUGCAUGCCAUCUUCUCCGAAAAUGUCGCACUUGGCCUGCGCUGCAUUGGAGAUCUCCCCCGCUGUACACGAUGCAGAACUCUGGAUUUGACGUGCGAGGAGUUUACGUUUGUGGAGGAACCCGUGGAGCAAGGAAUUAGCCUAGGCCGUAGAGGAACGUGGUCAAAACAACAGAGAAGUAUUCUAGAUCUACCCGCCUCUAAGCCCGCUCAUCGAGAGAUGGUAUCGCUGGACGAGUACAGUGGCCGGUGGGUAUUCCUUAAUCUCACUGUGAAGAAUUACCUCGAGGACACAGGCGAGGUAGACUAUGUUUCCGACAAUGAGGACACAGUCAUGCAGGGCUUGUCUGGUGAAUCGGAUGAUGCGCUUCAACUACGCUCUGUCCUAAGCCAUCCGCUUUCCGCAUACUCCCAUUCUGAGAGUUAUCUGCUCCAAUACUUUAUUCAGAGUAUCGGGCCGGAUUGUUCGCUCAGCAGCAUUGACAACCCAUACAUCACUUUGCUGACACCACUUGCUUUCUGCCAUCCAGCUCUCCGGAAUGCCAUGGUGUCUGUAGCAGCGAAUCAGCUUCGCUUACUUGGUGAUGCCCGAUAUGCCAACGAGGCGGCACUUUACAAGAAUAGAGCGAUACAGGGAUUGCAGCAGGCAGUCGAGCUCCAGAAUAUAGAUGAUGGCAUAAUAGGCACUAUUCUGAUGUUGUGCUUUUACGAUAUAUCGGAUAAAUGCGAUUCAUCUUGGGUAAAACAUCUCGAAGCAGGUCUGGACCUCUUGGACUGCCUGCCUUGUAGUGCUUCGUCAAGCCAGGGGUUGCGAAGGUUUUUCCAAAUGUAUUUUGUCGCUCACGCUAUCAUGCGUCGGACGGCAUCGCCAGGAAUGAUGUAUGAAAAUGGGCGAUAUGGUUGGUCAGAAAACGAUAAUCUUGAUGAGAUUGAUACAAUAAUGGGCUGCUCACGGCGGCUCAUGGGGAUGAUCAAUGACAUUUCUGAUCUACCUUCCGAUGAGCAUAUGGUAAACAAAACCACAAACGCUGGGCCAGCAGAUACCUACAUAUCAAGAGCAAAUCGCCUUGCUUGCUCCCUCAUCAACCUCGCUCAGACCCUCCCACCCCACCUACAACACAGAGAAGAUAUAGCUCGAAUCGCCGAAACGAAGCGUCUAGCAGCAUUACUGUACUUGAUCGAGCGGGUCGGCUCCACUACCUAUCGCAGGCAAUUCAUCCCAAGAACGGAUAAGCGCACAUUAGUGAAUAAGAUGAUUGAUCUCAUCCAGAGUCUUCCUGAUUCUGCCACUCUACUGUGGCCAUUAUACGUUCUCGGGCAGACCGCACUGGAUGAUCAGGAUCAUCGCCGGUUCGUGAUGGAUCGACUAGAGCGGAUAGAACGGACACGGAACCUAGGGAGUGUCCGACGAGCCAGGACAGCGAUGAAAGAUACGUUUCGGAUUAUGGAUAUGCGAUAUACGGUUCGACGGAGGGAUGGGAGGUUUGGAAAUAUUAGUCUGGCUUGA